UUUUUUCAGCAAGCCAGACAUUGUGAUAAUAUUAUAUUUUACUUGGCUUCCUGACGGCAGCUCAUUUGAGUUCCAUACCCAGUACAGUGGAGAAGGAGACGUUGGUGGCGGAGACGGAGGUAGGCGGUGGGAAAGCCAGAAUUCAUUGAAAAGUGAAAGCACUCGCCAAGAAUAAGUUUCUGGAAUCCGGAGUCCGUGGCAGACAUACACAUGUACGCUGCCAUGUUGACAAGAGUGAAGGUGUGGGAAUUGAAAGUCCACAACCUCCGGUUGCCUCAAAUGUUGUCAUUGCUGCUUUUGGUGAUGCUAUCUGGCCAGGUGUUGCUCGGCGACGGCGCCACGGUCACCUGGGGACAUGUCAACAAAUAUGCCAGCCUGCUGCACACCGAUGAUGUUUACCUACCGCCAGGGUCCCCGGGCCGAGAUCUCAUCUACGGCUCGCAGAAUGCCAGUGAUAACUACCGGAUUACGGGUAUACACGUCGAGGAUCUAACCGACGGACCGGAUGGUGUGGCAACAGCUUCCAUCACCGGAGGCGGCAUUGGCCACAAGUUUGUAGUCCUGCAUUGCCAGGCCGGCCAGGGGAACAUAACUGCCCCGGGCAUUGCUCAUCUACAAGUGUCUUUUUAUGGCCUGGACCUUUAGAAUGUCCUUAAUAUGGCACAGAAAUUAAAACUGUGACAAUGAAUUGUGAAUAAUAAUUACGUAUUAGUAAGAAAAUUUAAAAAAAAAACUGAAUCUAAAGACCUACUGGCACUAAGUUACAAAUAAGCUUAUUUUAAAAGGUAAUUAUAUUUAAAUAAUUUAUUAUUUGUUAGAACGAUAAGAUAACUUUACACUUUCACAAUAUUUGUAGCCUUGAACUUUGUUACGAUACUGUAAUAUUACCAACCCGACAAUUAAAUAAUAUUUAAUAUGAAAAUGUAAAAAGUUUGAAGUUUGAACAUCCCACUAACGUCAUUUGGAGGUUGAGGCAUGAGGCUAUCGGCUUCUCAAUGAAAUGUGACUUUAAACUGACAUUUAAUAUAUUUAUGUAUAUUAUAUCCUUUAAGCAAACUAAUUUUAACAGCCUUAUCAAUGAAAGCUAUUUAAAUAGAAUAGUUGCUGGUUUUAUAUUUAAUCAUGAGAAAUGUAACUAUUUGAAUAAAAAAAGCCACUUUAUUUAAUUAUUCAAAGCGAACAAAAAGUUUAUCUAAAAGUUGUGAAAUUACUAAAUAAUGAAAUAUUUUGACUGAAAUGCAUGAAUACUAUAUUAAUAUAAUUAAGGAAAGUUUGUAGACAAACAAUAGCAGAACUUUUGUUUAUCUAAAACACAAAAAAACAAUAGUUAGUGUUUAUAGCUGACAGGUAUUACCUGUGUAGUUGUUCGUCUAGUUCGUGUAUUAAAUGAGAGGCAUAUUUACAGA